AUGAUAGACUCACGAGAAGGAUUUCUAGAGCCCGUCGUGAGAUUCAAGCAACUCCGGACACGCGUGUUGAACCCAACAGCAAGGAAAUGCCUGCUGGAUGUGGCACAAACCAUCGACGAUCUCGGCCGCGCAGCCCAGCUCAGCCAGCACCGCAACCUGAUUGAAGCCCUCGACAACACCCUCAGCCACCAAACUCUCGCGGCCAUUGCAUCUGCGUCAAUCCAGGACAGGGAGCUAUGUUCCGCGUUCAGCGUCUACUUCACCACCCUCGAACAGGCUUAUGCGUGGCCGCGCGAGAGCACUGUUUCGACGCCAAAGAAUCUGCACGAUCAUAAGCUUGUGAUGCAGAUGCUAUACCAUGAGGAGUUGAACACUAUAUUGCCCCAAGCCACUGUCAAAGGUAGCCUCGGCCCUGACGACUGCCGUGGAGUGGCAUACUCGGCGCUUACGGAAGCAAACCUGCUAUUGAAGGCCGCCUCGGAUGCCAAACACGCCAACACGCCUCUCCCGGCUGAGCAGCAGGACAGGGUGAAUCUCCUAUAUCGGACGUGCACCCAGGAUUGGUUCCUGCAAGGCGAUUACCGUGACUCCGAAUCCCACCGACAAUUCGGAAGACUUCAUGAGAUUAUCCACACAACGGGCACCCAGAGAUCUGUCCAAGAGCUUUUUCAGAGAUCCGCGACGAAAAUGAUGCAGCGACUCCCCGCCAUGCUACACAACAUGGAGACCGUGGAGGCAGAAGUUGCUUGCAUGUUUGAGCAUCUUCAAAUUGAUGUCAGCCUUGCACGCGGAGAGCUCUUCGAAAUGGUCAUUGACGAAGUCAUAUGGGGCCAGACGUUUGCCAAGUACUCGAAACCCGUCGGCUGGUCGACCAUCGGUGCUGGUGGCGCCGACUGUCCCAUGUUCCGCAUGCUUGACGCCGUCUGCGGCAAGGCGGAGGAUCCUCAAGGCGACACGCUGCUCGCUGAGCUGGACAUGCGGACGCGCCACUUCCCGCCGACUAUCCGCCGCCUCAUCCACAGAGUGGCCGAGGCACCGCCCGUGCGGGCGUACAUUGCGUCCGGCCGUGCCGGCCACAGACUGUCACAGGCGUUCCGCGUAUUUCAGCAACUCUUGUACGACAUGUACGAGAUGCAUCGGAAGAAGGCCUUGAGGAUCGUUCUGGCGCUGCGGGCGGGCCAGCUGUACACCUCGUCGGGCACGCAGAAUGCCGCGUCUCCAGAAUGGCACAUAUCCAACACGCUUCGCAACGCAAUGACGGUGCGGUUCGGUCGCGAUCCAGCCGCGAGGCGAAUUACCGCGAGAGCAGUCCCCGUCUAUCGCAGGUGCUCGAUUGGCGAGAAUGUUGAGUCUGCCAUCAUUCGAUUGGACUUUGAAGCGCCCGUGGCCCUGGCCGCAGGAGACGGGAUGUCGGUCACAGUCGACAGCAAAGGUCUCGGCCUCCAAACGCGGACAUACUCCAUCACGAAAACAUAUCCUGAUACAAGCUUUGACGUGGAGAGCGACGAGGACUUGCACCUCACAAAGUCUGUAGAAAUUUGCUGCCGAAGAGCCGGUCUUGUUUCGUCAUUCAUAUGCCAGCAGGACAGGCCGUUUGACGUCUCCGUUGCGCUCUCCCCUAGUCCGCACUUUCGGAUCAAAACAAACAAGACCGAGCAGGAUAAUACUUGCUUUGUCGCUCAGAACGGCGCAGCUGGCAUUUUCCUGGGCUGGCUAUCUCGACGUGAAAGGCUGGUCGGCACGUACACGCUGGUGAUUGGCGCGCCAAACCUGCCCUCCUUCAUCUAUACGGAAGACUUGUUGGCCACUAUGAAUAAGUUUGGUGCUAGGCUGAGAGUUGUAUUGUGCCUGUCAAAGCCUGUCGAUGAAGAUCUGAAAUUGAGGAUGGGUGGAAAUUGCCAAGUCUUUCCGGGUAGAGCACCGGGCGUGCUUCAAAACCUCGGCCAGCGCCGCGGCGUGCCUACCUAUGUUUGCGGAUCGUCAGACUUCGCGCUGAGUGUGGCUCAAGUGCUGAACCGCCUCUCAGAGGCUGGAAAGUCUCGCGGAUAUGGGCGGACGGGUGCGAUCAAUACCUCGCGCAUGCCUGAUUUACAUGUUCAUGUCGCAGCUGCAAAGCCGGGCUUCGCUCAAGCCCAGCCUCAGGACACCCGCAUCAUCUCUCGUUCCGAGCUGGCCACUCACAACACGCCGGGAGACAUUUGGAUUUCUCUAGGUGACACCGUGUAUGACAUAUCGAUCCUGUCCACGUUUCACCCGGGGGGCGAGAAAACACUUCUGUGCAGGGCAGGCCUAGAUGCGGACAGCAUGUUUGACUCGGUCCAUAAAGGAAGCUAUGAAGUCAUGUCUCUCCUCGCGCCCAUGGCGAUUGGCCGGUUGGCAGACAAGGACAAGGACAAUGCCGAGAGCGACGAAAUUCUCAACAUUCUCGUGCAGGCGCAGAACGACUUGACAAACUCGAGCCGCUUCGAACAGCGUCCGACUGGGUCAGCAGAACAACUGGAACAAGCGCCGCCGUCCGAGGUGGUGCGCUGCUCUCUCUCUCAAUUUUGCAAAGUAUGGAAGGCUCUGUUGGAAAAGUGCAACGCGUCUUGCCAUUUGUCCGAGGCCAUCGCAUUAGAAAUGGAUGGGUUCGAAAAGCGGCUAGCAGAGAAGCAGGAGUCGCUAUACAGGUCUGUCUUUCAAGACCAGGAGCAAUGCGCGCGGGGACUUGGCGAGAUCUUCGACGCGCAUGAAAGCGCGGCUAUCGAUAUUCAUGCCGUUAUUGAUGAAAUGAAACUGGAAGCGGCGAGGGUCCUAUUAUCAGAGGAGGACUGGAGGUUACUGUUGGAGAGGGGGACGCUAAAAGUCGCAGCGGUGCUGGGGAGCAUGAUUCGAGAGCGCAAUCACAGCGCCCAGUACGGCGUCGUUCUUGAUGCUGGUUCCUCGGGGACGCGCGUCUACAUCUACAAAUGGAGGAACCCCUCAGCGCCGCCCAAACACGACUACGACGACGAUGACGAUGAAGUGCGAUCGCUACCCAAGAUACACCUCAAGAAGAACCACAAAAUUCAUCCUGGCAUUUCCACCUUCGCCGACGCGGUAGACUCGGUUGGCCAUGACCAUCUACAGGAGCUUGUCGACGUGGCCGUCAGCAAAGUCCCGUCGCACAAAAUACCCGAAACGCCCAUCUUCCUCAUGGCCACGGCCGGCGUGCGAUUCCUGCCCGAACACAAGCAAAAAGCUCUACUUGGAGCCGUCUGCUCCUAUUUCCGAGCCAACACGAAAUUCCAACUGCCAGAUUGCGACGCUCAUGUCCAGGUCAUCCCGGGCGAGACCGAAGGCCUGUACGGCUGGAUUGCCGCCAACUACCUUCUCGGAGGCUUCGAACGGCCAGAUCAACACCAGCACAGCAAGGGGCACCAUACAUAUGGCUUCCUCGACAUGGGGGGCGCGUCGGCCCAAAUCGCCUUUGCGCCCAACGCGACCGAGGCGAAGAAGCAUGCCGACGAUUUAAAAUUAGUUCGCAUGCGCACACUUGAUGGCUCUUCUGUCGAAUACAAGGUGUUUACGUCUACCUGGCUCGGCUAUGGCGCAAACAAAGCCCGCGAGCGCUUUGUCGAAAAGCUAGCCGACCAAUACGAGACAAAUGUCCACGAGAUUCCCGAUCCAUGCCUCCCCAAAGGCCUUCGAACGACGCUGGAAGGAGCUACAAUUGACUCGGUAGGAGGUAAUCAACAGCAGGUGCUUCUCGGGACCGGAGAAUUUAGCGAAUGUAUUCGCAAAACGUAUCCCCUGCUAGGCAAGGACAAGCCUUGUGAAGACUCACCCUGCCUGCUUAAUGGCCAACAUGCCCCUGCUAUUGAUUUCGAUAUCAACCAUUUUGUCGGCGUGUCUGAGUACUGGCACACGACCCAUGGUGUCUUCGGAAAGGAGGAUGUGGCCUAUGACCUGGCAACUUACCAGAAACGGGUGCUGGAGUAUUGCGGAAGAGACUGGUCGUCAAUCAAAAAUGGCAUUUUCACCCGCAAAAAGACUGCUGAACAGAAGCUAGCCGAUGCUCAGCAGGCCUGUUUCAAGGCAUCUUGGCUUAUUAACAUGCUUCACGAUGGUAUCGGUAUCCCGAGAAUUGGUAUCGAGGGCUCCGGCAACGGCACUCGCGCUGGCGCUGACGAAAAUGGUUUCCGAGAUCCUUUUCAGCCUGUUGACACAAUCCACGACAUGGAAGUGAGCUGGACGUUGGGAAAGAUGGUCUUGUAUGCCACGGGCCAAAUUCCCGCCAGGGACUCAAAACUGCCCGUCGGCUUUGGCAGCAACGUAGCCUCUGGUGUUCCGUCCGAUUUUGAACAUGCUGGAUCUGUGCCAAUUCCCGUUGGCCCUAAGCUAGGGGGCGGUCAUGACGAUGACGACGACGACGACGUGCAUCGCUCUUCGGGCUCAAUCUUCCCGUUUCUGACGUUUCUGCUCCUCCUUAUGGUCCUGGCGUACUGGCUCCGAAAGCCUGAGAGACGCCACAAAGUCCUUUCCUUUGGCCGCCGCUCACGCAAAAAUGGGAAGGGUUCCCGAAGCUUCAUCAAUCAGCUACUGGGGCGCCCUAACGUCGCCUACGAGCGUGUCCUGGAGGAAGGUGAAGCGCCAGAGUUUGAGCUUGGCGGCGUGGACUCGGAUGAAAACGACCACUCUGACAGCACGGAGGGCUCCAAGGGCGGGAGGAGCUCCGGGCUGGUCACGCCGAAGCUGAACCUUGAGCGGUUCGACGACUUCCGCAUGCCGUCCACCAUGGAUCGCACGGGGCUGGUAGUGCGCACGGAGAGUCGCGAGCGCCUCGGGCCGAGCCUGCAAAUGCUGAAUGCCGGACGGCGCAGUCGUAACGUUAGUCCCACGCGAAUGAAGAGUCCUCUAGCUGUUUGA